AUAUAUAACGAACUGCUUGCCUUUGCAGCAACUCCUGCAUUCGCGACCCCUGUCUUUCUGCAAUACCAGAAACCCUAAAUGGAAGCUUCUGCUGCUUCUUCUUCUCGACCUCUCUCUGCUCAGAAUGUCGAAGCUCUCUUCGAUUCCGUUGAAGCUUUCCUCUUCGAUUGCGAUGGCGUGAUUUGGAAGGGCGACAAGCUCAUCGAAGGUGUGCCGCAGACGUUAGAGAUGCUUCGAUCAAGAGGGAAAAAGCUGGUUUUUGUUACUAAUAACUCAACAAAAUCAAGGAAGAGUUAUGCAAAAAAGUUCCAAAUGCUUGGAGUCACAGUUAGUGAGGAAGAGAUUUUCUGCUCAUCCUUUGCUGCAGCCAUGUAUUUGAAAUCCAUUGACUUCCCCCAAGAGAAAAAGGUAUACGUUAUAGGCGAGGAGGGAAUAUUGGAAGAACUGGAGCUUGCUGGUUUUACAGGUCUCGGUGGUCCAGAAGAUCGUGACAAAAGGGUACAUCUGAAGCCAAACUUCCUAUUUGAACAUGAUAAGAGUGUUGGAGCAGUUGUGGUUGGACUUGACCAGUAUAUCAACUAUUAUAAGCUCCAGUAUGCAAUUCUAUGCAUCCGCGAGAAUCCAGGAUGCCUUUUCAUUGCCACCAAUCGGGAUGCUGUUGGUCAUAUGACCGAUUUGCAGGAGUGGCCAGGUGCUGGAUGCAUGGUUGCUGCAGUAUGUGGAUCAACUCAAAAAGAACCUGUUGUCGUUGGAAAACCAUCAACCUUUCUGAUGGACUUCUUACUAAAAAGAUUUCAGAUUGAUACAUCCAAAAUGUGCAUGGUGGGCGAUAGAUUGGACACUGAUAUUCUAUUCGGGCAGAAUGCUGGUUGCAAAACCCUUCUCGUCCUUUCAGGUGUGACAACCUUAUCUGGUCUUCGUGACCCCUCUAACAACAUCCAUCCAGAUUACUAUAGGAACCUGGUAUCGGAUCUUCUUGAACUCUUGGGAUCAUGAACCAUACAUAUCUCUGCUAGUAUAUUUUUUUAUCAAACAGAUAAAAUAAAUCGCUAUUUAUGAAGAUUGUGAUUUGAAAUUCUUGAAUGACAAUCUGCAGUAAUGCAGAUGAUUCAUCAUGUAUUAUGUAUCAUGUGUAUCAAAUACAUGAGAAUUUCUCCAAAUAUUUGAUUAAAGUUGUUGUUUGUGGAUGCCCAUGCAUCUCAAA